GUACCCGUACCGGUGCGCCGGUACGGCAAAACCGGUACGCUGGUACGUGGUGGUGGUACGUUUGGAUCUGGUUCCGGGUCGGAACCAGAUUCAAACCAUAUGACUUUCGAAAAAAACCCCGACGCUCGUCUUCUCCCUCUCGAUUUUGUUUGUUCUUUCGGCGGCGGGUGCUUGGGUUCGCUAGCGACUUUGGGGAGCGGCUGGCGACGGACGGUAUCUUUAUUAGGCAGUUUUUAGGGUUGCUGCUACUGUUGGGGGUUUGACAGUUUGGGCAGCUGCCGUCGGACGUCCGGCGGGAGCUUGGCAGCGGCUGGCGAUUGGCGACGGGCAGCGAGUCAUCGACGAUAGGUUUGUAUUGAUAAGUGUAACGGAGAGGGCGAGGGAGAGAGCAUGGCAACUGGUCCUCUGUUGAAGAAGGUGGCGACCAGAAAGAAGACUAAGAAGAGCUCUAAGGCUUAUCUUUUGUGGAAGUCUGGCUGUAUGUGUUUCAAAGGACUACUCUUUGAAGAUUUUGACGAAAGGAGAACUUCUCAUAGUUUUGGAGAAUUCUCGGGCUUUAUGGCUUAUGCUACUGUAAGAGCAUAUCAGUUGUCCUCUAAUGACAUGCAUUUAAAGAGGCAACAGGAGAAGCUCGGGAGGGUACAGCCUGAAGAAAAGCAACUCUUGUUUAACGAGGAAGAAAUGGAAGAUGAAUUCGCUUCAGAAGAAUCUGAAGAAGAAAAAAGAGACGAGGAACCAGAAGAAGAAAUAGAUGAUGAGGAUGAAGAUGAUGAUGAAGAUGAAAGAUUGAUUGAGCCCAGCAAGGAAGCUAUCUAUGAUGCUGAAGGUCUCCGUUCUAAGCUUGCUGAUAUCUCUUGGCCUGAAAAUGUGGACUGGAUACACAAACUUUGCAUUGAUUUUGACCCUGGGCAAGAGAUAGAUGUAAAUGAUGACCUGACUCGGGAGCUAGCUUUCUAUACACAGGCAUUGGAAGGAACAAAGCAGGCAUUUGAAAAACUGCAGUCCAUGGGAAUUCCCUUCCUCAGGCCUCCAGACUACUAUGCUGAGAUGGUGAAGAGCGACUCUCACAUGGUUAAGGUGAAGGGCAAGCUCCUGAUGGAAAAGAAGAAGUUGGAAGAAGCUGAAGAGCGAAGGAAAGCAAGGGAGGCAAAACGAAUAGCCAAGGAAGUCCAGGCACAGAAGCUGAAGGAGAAAGCCAAGCAAAAGAAAGAGGAGAUUGAAUCAGUAAAGAAGUGGAGGAAACAGAGGCAGCGUAGCGGGUUCUCUGGAGGGAAAGAUGAGAUGAAUUUCGAUGAAGGUCCAAAAAAGCCAUUUGCGAGGACGAAUAAAUUGAGGCGUGGGGUGGCUGCUGGUGAUAGAGCGGGUGGUCAUGGAAGGAAAGGUAAACCUGGAAAGAACAGAGAAAUGAGGAAUGCCAAGUACGGCUUUGGAGGAGGGAAAGGUAAGAAGAGACAGAACACUGCAGAAACAACUAAUGAUCUCAGGGGCUUUAACCAGGGUGAUGCUAAACGAAGUAAGAAAAGGAGACAGCAGCACUAGUUCAUCUGUAGUUUAUAUCUUUAUGUCAACAAAUUUUCGUCUAGGUUUUUCAUAUUUUAGCAUGGCAAGGAUUUACAGUGCAUGAAGUUUUUUAUUCUCUUAUUCCAAAGUCACUCGCCAUCUUCUUUGC